AUGAGCUGUGCUAUUUCUUAUUACCUUCUGUUUGUUUUUCCAGGCUGCAGACUCUUGGCUGUGGAACUGACAUCCAGCAACACCAAGCCCGUGGUGCAGGAAUUCCAGAGUGUUGAGCUGUCCUGCAUCAUUAAAUCCACCGUAACACCAGAUCCCAGAAUCGAGUGGAAGAAAAUCCGAGAUGGCGAAACCUCUUACGUAUUUUUUGACAAUAAAAUGCAGGGAGACUUUGCGACUCGUGCAGAAAUUCUGAGCCGGACAUCGCUGGUGAUUAAAAACACCACCCGGAUGGACACUGCCACAUACCGCUGCGAAGUGGCAGCACCUUCUGAUACUAAAACCAUAGAUGAGAUUAAUAUCCAGCUUACAGUCCAAGUGAAACCUAUGACUCCUAGAUGCACUGUGCCUAAAGCUGUACCUGUUGGCAAGACAGCCUCUCUUCACUGCCACGAGAAUGAAGGUUACCCAAAGUCCACUUACAGCUGGUACCGCAACAGUGAACCUUUAUCACCAGACACAAAAUCAAAUGCCAAAUUCCAGAAUUCCUCCUACACCGUGAAUCCCACCACAGGCACUCUGGUUUUCCAUGCCGUGCACAAAGGUGACACAGGCCGUUACUCCUGCAUAGCAACAAACGACGCUGGCUUUGCCAAGUGUGAGGAGCAGGAGAUGGAAGUCUAUGACCUCAAUAUUGGUGGGAUAAUUGGUGGAGUCCUGGUGGUCCUAGCAGUUUUGGUGCUCAUCACUCUUGGUAUCUGCUGCGCCUACAGAAGGGGUUACUUUGCAAAUAGCAAAGAGAGUGGGGAAAGCUACAAGACUCCAGCGAAACCCGAUGGUGUUAACUAUAUCCGGACAGAUGAUGAGGGUGACUUCAGACACAAGUCUUCAUUUGUCAUCUAAGACACCAAAAGAAUAUUGCAAACCAGCAAAAGCAAGUGUGAAAAUACCUCCUCCAGGAACUCAAAGCAAGAGCAAAAGAUGAAUUAAGUGCGCUUGGAAGAGUUUGGAACACACAAGAACUUGAUAGCUAGCUAUCUGUAUAUCUUCUUUUUCUUUGCCAAAGUUUAAAGUAACUCCUCACUGCCCAACUUGCGUCUCCCCUGCCUCCGGAGAUACCAACAGGAUCACCUAAACCUGUCCUUGGACUAAGGAAGCAUUUUAAUACUUCCCAAGAGACUGGGCUGUGGAAGUUUGUGGAAUUGCCUUCUAUUUGUGCUGCAGGGACACAGCCACAAUGUGCAAACCAACCAGGGGAACAGCGUUAGGUAAACGUGUAGUAGACAUUACUAGUACAAAUUACUAGUAGACAAAAAAGGUGCUGAUACGGCAAUAGACGGACUUCAAAGAAUAAGAUUUAUCCAUGCAAGGGGCAGCCUUCCUCUCAGCAGCUUGUUGCCCAGGCCUGGCUGGUGACUU